AUGCUUGAUGGGUUGAGCCCCCAGGCAGGCAAAAUCUGGAAGAAGGCCAACCUAACCUUCUCCCUUGAUGGCAAGAAAAUGACCAAGACCUUCCUUAUCUGCAAUACAGGGUCUCACGCCGCCAUCUUGGGAUUGAAAUGGCUAGACGCCCACAACCCAGAAAUUGAUUGGAACCAACGCACCCUCUCCUUUCCUCAUGCCCCACCGGAACACGUGGCCAUUGCCGAGGAGGAGGAAGCUGACAAGAACCCCCUUGAAGGAGUACCCCCCAAGUACCAUCAAUACGCCAAGGUAUUUGGAGAGGAAGAAUUCAAUAAGCUUCCCCCCCACAGGCACUACGAUAUUGGCAUUGAACUUACCAAAGAAGGCCCCCUCAAUUCUCCCCUUUAUAGUAUGACAGACGCUGAGUCUGCCACGCUCAAGGACUGGCUUAGGGAUGAGUUGAAAGCAGGGAAGAUCCGCCCGAGCAAGUCUUCCAUCAGUUCCCCCGUGAUGUUUGUCCCCAAAAAGGAUGGUUCCCGUUGCUUGGUCGUUGAUUACCGUCGCCUCAACAACCGGACAAAGAAAAACGUGUACCCGCUACCCCGUCCCAAUGAUCUUAUGGCCCAACUCCGUGGCGCCAAAAUCUUCACCAAGCUAGACCUAAGAUGGGGGUACAACAAUGUCCAAGUUAAGGAGGGCAAUGAAUGGAAAACUGCGUUCCGCACCAAGUAUGGCUUGUACGAAUCCUUAGUCAUGACAUUUGGCCUCACCAACGCUCCCGCCGCCUUUCAACAUUUUAUGAACGAGUUGUUUAAAGACCUGUUAGAUGUAUGCGUCAUCAUUUACCUCAAUGACAUCCUGAUCUACUCAAAGGAUGACGCAUCACACACACAACACGUUCAUGAAGUCUUACGGCGUCUAAUGGAAAAUCAGCUGUUCUGCAAAGCGUCUAAAUGUACUUUCCACGUUACCUCUGUGGAAUACCUUGGGAUUAUUGUAUCCGAUAAGGGGUUUAGUCUGGAUAAACUCAAGAUCCAGGCAGUACAAGAAUGGCCGGUGCCCACUAAAGUCAAGGAAGUCCAAUUGUUCCUAGGCUUCGCCAAUUUCCUCCGCCGAUUUGUUGCCAACUUCAGCCAUGUGGCUAGGCCGCUACAUAACCUAGUCAAGAAGGAUACGCCUUGGAAAUGGAACACAAAGGAACAGGAAGCAUUCCAAGGGCUGAAGGACGCCAUAACCAACGCCCCCGUACUCCGUCACGCUGACCCUACCAAGCCUUAUUUUCUGGAGACAGACGCUUCCGGCGCAGCCCUAGGUGCUAUACUCAGCCAACGGCAGGAAGACGGCCAACUUCAUCCUCUUGGCUUCCUAUCUGAGUCAUUCAAGGGCGCCAAACAGAACUAUGACACCCAUGACAAGGAGCUGCUAGCCAUCAUCCGCUCCUUCAAGUAUUGGCGUAUCUUCUUGGAAGGAACCGUUCACCCUAUCACUGUGUUCACUGACCACCGCAACCUGGAAUAUUGGAAGGAGUCCCGGACAUUCAACCGUCAACACGCAAGAUGGCACCUACUGUUAGCAGGCUACAACUUCCAAAUUGUUUACCGCCCGGGAAAGCAGUCAGGAAAACCCGAUGCCCUCUCACGCCGUUCUGAUCACGCCGAUAUUCCACCCGCUGACCAAACCAUGCUCCCGGAACCCAUAUUUGCAAACGUAGCCUUAGUUACGCCAGAGAAGGAAUUACAACGCCAGAUUGAAUCGUCACUCGAUCAGGACAAGUCUUUGGAAGAAAUCCUACAGUUCCUACAAAACGAGUCCAAAGCCCCACCUUCUAUCAAACGCGCAUUUAAGGAUUACGAAAUGGAGGCAGGUCUAUUGUUCUACCAAGGACGUAUUGUGGUCCCAGAUGUGGGCUCUUUGAGGACGGAUCUCCUACGGAUAUUCCACGAUAGUCCCUUGGCAGGGCACCCUGGCAGGCAGCGUACCCUAGAACUAGUCUCACGCAACUACUAUUGGCCAGGCAUCCGAGCAGAUACAUACUGGCACGUGGAUUCCUGUGAAACUUGCCAACGGAUCUGGAAACCAAAAUACGCUUCCAUCCCCCCACAGCCACUCAAACUCCCAUCCAGGCCGUGGCAACACGUUUCUUAUGACAUGAUUGUAGAUUUACCAAAGGACGGAAGCAACAACUCCAUCCUGGUCAUAGUAGACAGCUUCACCAAAUAUGGGAUCUUUGUCAAAUGCUCCAAAAAGCUGAGAGCACCCAAGCUAGCGGAGUUGUUCCUGGAACACGUAUGGAAACGCCAUGGAAUGCCGGAAAAAACAGUAUUGGAUAGAGGAAGGGUCUUCAAUAACAAAUUCUUACGGGCUCUUUACAAACGCCUUGGGAUUGACCCGCACUUCUCAUUGGCAUACCACCCUCAGAGCGACGGCCAAACGGAACAAGUAAACCCCUCCAUUGAACACUUCCUUAGAGCAUACUCAGGAGUCAACCAAAGGGACUGGACCAAAUGGCUUCCGAUGGCGGAGUUUGCAUACAAUAACGCGGUACAUAGCAGCACGGGCAAAACUCCCUUUAAAGCUCUGUACGGCUGGGAACCUACCUUAACUCCGUCAAGCGUACCAACAGAUGUCCCGGAGGCAGACGACCUUGCCCAAACAAUGGAGGCACAAUGGAAGGAGGUGGAGUCAGCCCUCCGACAGUCCAAACAAAGGAUGACAAUCGGAGGAGAAGGAAGCCCAACGGAAUUCGAGAUUGGAGAAGAAGCCUGGUUGGACGCCAAAAACGUUAACCUUAAAACACUAAGUCCCAAACUAACGGAACAACGUCUGGGACCCUUCAAGGUUAUUGAGAAAAUCUCCGACCAAGCUUACCGCUUAGAACUCCCCCCAACCAUGCGGAUUCACAAUGUCUUCUAUGUGGGACUCUUAUCUAAGGUCAAGAGGGACAAAAAGCUCACUGUGGACGGGGAAGAGGAAUACGAAGUAGAAGGGAUAACAGACAUGGAGGAAAGAGACGGAAAAUGGUUCUUCAGGGUCAAAUGGAAGGGCUACGGACCGGAGGAGAACACGUGGGAGCCCCGAGAGAACCUCAAAAAUGCGGGGAAAAUUUUGAAAAAAUAUGAGGAAGAGAUGAGAAAAAAGGCCCUCGGCGCUGCCAAGGUCCUUAGAGGGGGGGCAGUGUCGUAG